UGACGGAUAUAUAAGGAGAAAGGCAGGCCUGAUGGUCACAUCGACAACAGUGUGGAAGAUACUAGAACACAGAACUCUUCAAAGAAAAAAUGAAGGCAAUAUUUGUGGUUGCACUUACCGCUCUUUUGGUGGCGUUCGUUUCCGCUACUCCACCACCUGAAUGUCCCGAUGAAAGCGAAGAAGAUGUUGCUCUGUUUCCGAAUCCAGACGACUGCACAAGCUAUUAUACCUGCAUUAGAGACCAACCGUUGUUGAUGCAAUGCCACCAAGGACUUGAAUAUAACCCGGUAUUAAGAAUAUGCGACUGGCCAAAGAAAAAUGUAACUUGUAAACGUCGGCCUGUACGACCACCACAUCCACCACAUCAAUCACAAGCCUCCACAUCCAAAUCAACAAAACAUGUUGAUAUCGGCCGCAUGCCAGCAUAAAUAACAGUAUAGAUCCAGAGUGACACCGACCGGAAUAAUAUGCAACCAUAAUUUGUUCGAACAGAAUAGCAUGUUGAAUAUGAAUAUAUUAAUACACAGAAAUGUAAACAAUAUAAUGUAGAUUGAUAAUGAGGCAAUUAUAGACAAUAAAAAAGCAUAAAAAUUAACAAAUA